UACUAUCGUAUGUAAUUUUGUGUUUUCGAGUUUUGCGUGUAUCGCGAAGACCUUAACAGAACACCGUUGUAAGAGGUUUAAAAAUGGAUAUCACAGCUAAGACCAUAAAAUAUAUUUGUCUCAUAAUAACAGUUCAAUUAAUAACUGCUGUAGAAGGUGAAACGGGAAAAAGUGACGUCUGUCCAGAUCAAGGUCGGGCACAUCAUGGAGAAUGGCGGCGUCUAGCUGGUGAUAGUGACAAGAUCACAUGUGAGCUUUAUUGUCACCAUGGAUACACCAUUAGUGGAUGCAACGUCAUCACAAAGUUAGCAAAUGGUCACUGGAGUCAUGAUAUACCAACUUGUGAAGAAGAAUCCUUCUUUUUUAUGGCGACAAUUGUGAAAAAAUCAUGCAAACUUGCAAAAUACGCACCUAUGUUUGUGCUUGAAUAUAUGGGAUUUUCUAAAGCAGGGAUUGUGAAGAACUCAAUCGCUGCAAAAUUGAUGAAAUGGCUGAAAACUGUGAAAAAGAACAGUUUGUUCGCAAAGAUACAAAGCUAUAUGAUGAAAGGCGCUUAUCCAAUUGAAUAUUUAGAUAAAAUAUGUGAAAAUCUGGCAGAAUAUUUCAGUCAUGUCAGUAGGAAGCAGAAUUGUGAGCCAAAAACAGAAUUGUGAACAGAAAGCAGAAGUGUUGACCAAAACGUCUGAAUGGCUGAAUUAUGAAAGAAACUGUUCGAAAUUUUUUCUAAAAUAUUAUAAGUUUCAGUCUAACACAUGUACAAAACGUUAUUAAACAUGUAUGUAUUUUUCUUUUUAUGUUUUCUAUAUUAUUUCUUCAUGAUUACGUGUUCCGUUUCUUG